AGAAGAUAAGAGACCAUGGCUAGUGUGCUGACCAAGUUUGUACACUGACAUUAACCUCGUGGUUCAGGUGAAGUCGUGUUGGACCUGACUCAACCCUUGAAUAUGUUCCUGCAUCUGGCGGCCAUCCUGAUUCUCACUGUGGGGUCAUGCUCGGGAAAUUCCGUGACGGACUUCGGAGACUGUGGCUCGAGUGUUGGUGAAAUCAACAACAUUGACAUAACUCCUUGUGACCACCCCUCCUCCCGGUGUAGAAUUCCCCGGGGCACCAACGCCACUCUCGCCGUCAACUUCACCGCAAAUGGGCAGAUUACUUCAGCUAAAACCUUCAUAUGGGGAAUUGUUGACGACAAUAUGUACCCAUUUCCGGUUCCGCUGGAUGCGUGUGAGCACAUGAAGUGUCCUUUACAGAGCGGAAGCCAGGCCGUCUACAACAACGUAUUCUUCUUAUCUGCAGUGUUACCACCGAUAAAUGCGACGGCCAAGUUCGAGCUGGUUGAUCAACUCGACAGACGAAUUAUCUGUUUCACUGUUCCCGUACUGCUCGCGUGGUGAUGUCACCGGGUGGCCAUAUCAUAUAUUUAUAGUUAAUAAAAAAUUAAAUGAA